AUGUCUGCACGUUUACUUAUCAAGGAGCCCCCAUCAAUUCGAUAUUUCAGCUCACAAUUACCAUCAAUACAAAAGGAUCUAUCCAACUAUGUAGAUUCAAUGGCUCAAGAUAUUAAAAAAGCAAAUAACAUCACAGAAGAAUUUAAUUUUGAUUUAGAAACAGCAAAUACAGGUGAUUUGCUCAUAUAUGGCAGAAUAUAUGCUAAACUUGAUAAUGACAACCCUUCAGAAAAAUUAAUCGGUCACAAAGCACAAAUUCAGUUAACAUCAAAAUUUUCUCGCCCAUAUUUAGAUUUUGAAGCUAAAUUAAAUGAGACUUACUACUACCGUGGCCAAAUAGUCGUUGUCCUUGGAACAUUCCAAAAUUCCGUAUUCGUUGCAAAGCAAAUCUACUCAAAUUGCAGAGUUGCAAAGCCGCAUGAAAUCUCAACACUCUUCAAUACCAAGAUCACAGUUGCUGCUGGUCCAUACUUCAAAGAAAACUUAAGUGAAGUUCAAGAUUUUGCAGAAGGAGUCUUAGAGAACAAACCUGAUCUUGCAAUUUUCCUGGGACCAUUCAUUCCAGCUGAUUGCAAACUUCUUUAUGCAAAAGAAUGCAAUAGAACGGGCGAAGAUCUCACAAAAGAAGUUUUAACAAUACUUUCUAACAACCAUAAAAACUGCGUAUUUGUCAGUAGUGCUGAAGAUUCAAUUGCUGAUCCAGUCUUACCAACAAAAGCCUUCAUGCCAUCUACAGAUAAUUAUUCAGUUACUAUGGAUCCAGUAUUUAUAGAAUAUGGUGAUUUAGACUUAUUCUUAACAUCAUAUCAGUCAUAUAAACUCAUUGCAAACAACUUUGAAGGAAAGAAGACCGUAAAUGGCACAGAAGUUGGAAGUAGAAUCACAACAAUCCUUACAGAAUUCGCUAACCAACAAUCAAUUUGCCCAGGAAUUGAUGAACAAGUCCAACAAUCCUUUAUUUCCCACUUUAGACCAGUACGUCCUCCUCAUGUUUUCGUUGUUCCAGGCCAACCAAAUGCUACAGUGUCUGUUGACGAUGAUGUAACAACAAUUUUAAUCAAUCCUGCUAUUAGAAGGUCAUUCGCAAUGAUCCGUGUUAAAGAUGGCAAAGUUAAUUCGGAAAUUAUGAAGUUUAAAUAA